CGAGAUCCGAGCCGUCGUCGAUGUCAAUAGCGUGAAUAGGGUCUAUAGGACCCAUGCCGUUUAGGCUUCAAAAUAUUUUAUAUGUGGAGUUGGGAUGUGUGUAUCUCGUAAUGUGCGUUUCUUAAGUGCAUUUGUACCAACUUUUACAAACUCAGAAUGCAGGAAACUCCUUCAGCGAGGAGUUUUUGCAGUAAAUAAAAUUAAAAAUUUGACUUCCGUUGAAGUACUCGAGACAAUAAAAGAAAUUUUGCUGAAAGGUUAUUAUUACUGUGAAACUCUUAGGUUAGGCAUAGAACCCAGAGUUCAUCCUGCAUCUCUGAAAGUCGGCCAUGGUGGAACACUGGAUAGUACAGCAACUGGAGUUCUAGUUGUUGGUGUUGGCUUUGGAUGCAAGAUCCUCCCCAGACUGCUACAUGGAAACAAGAAGUAUUGCGUGACAGGUCAUCUAGGAAUUGCCACCGAUACCUACAAUGAGACUGGAAAUAUAAUACAGGAAUGCUCCUAUAGUCAUAUAUCGAGACAGAUGUUAGAAGCAGCACUGUCCAGAUAUCAUGGCGAGAUACUUCAGACUCCACCAUUAUACUCUGCUCUAAAGCUGCGUGGCCGCCGCAUAGCUGAUCUAACAAGGGCUGGAAUAUCAGUGGAUCUGAACCCACGUCCUGUCACUUGUCAUGCCAUCCAGUGCACUGUCUUCUCACCACCAUCCUUCACACUGGAGGUACACUGUGGUGGAGGUUUUUAUGUUCGAAGCUUGGUACAUGAUCUUGGCAUUGCAUUAGGAAGCUGUGCUCAUGUCAGAGAACUUCACAGAUUCCAGCAAGGUCCAUUUAUGGAGCAAGACAUGUUGGAUUCAAACGAAUGGACAAUGCAGAAUAUUUUGAUAGCAAUUAAAAAGGCAAAAGAAUCCCAUGGAGAAUUUCUUAAACGUCCUAGGAAAAAGCAUAAAUGUGAAGCUUCAUUAUCAAGAUAAUAUUUGGUUCAUUUUAAGGUACAUGUCAAGUAUGUUGUAUAUCCUUUUUGAGUUGCAAACAUGAAUAAAUGUCAGUUGAUCCAAAACUCUUAAAAUAUUUAUUAUUAACCCUUUCCUUGCCUCUGAACAAAAUCAAACAAAAUGGCAGAUUUUUAUUGGCCUGCCAUGAUCCAAUCUGCAGACUCCUUGCAGUUCCACUUUAAGCAACACUAUAUAUAUCAUCUACCUUUAUAUACCAAAUUUCUAAUGUCUAGCUGCAGUUCGUUAUAUAUUACUAACACAAACUUUACACAGGCACCAUUUAAAUUUAGCCUACAGAAUAAUAACAUACAUGAAAGAUACACAUUUUUAAAGAGUUUGUUCAGGAAUGGUUUUGUAAUUUCAUUUAUAACACUGCGUGGGCUGGAGGCUUUAGGUUACAUCAUCCCCACAUCAUGUGGUAAGCCAGUGUUAAUGAGCCAUUUUGCUAAUAUACGUCAUACUCCACAGCUUGGUGGGAAGCAGCCAUCAUGAUGGCACAGAACAGAUACAUAAGUUACUUGGAACUCACUAACAGUGUUAUUAUAGUGCUAAUUCCCACGACAGUGUUCUUACAUACUGUAACAAGUGAUUCCAUGAUAAUACGGUUGUGAUUACUUAA